AACUUAGUAGGUAAGUUCAAUAAUAAUAAUAAUAAUAAUAAUAAUAAUUGGUGAUAGUUUAAUGCUAAGCAGGCGGUUGAAAGCAACGUUGCCUGGUCUUAUUCACGGGUUCUUUCGAUUCUCUUCUCAUUGAUAUUUUUUUUAUUAAAAAUAAAUAAAUAAAUAAAUUUGAAUGAAAAAAAGAAUAUUUUUAUUUUUAAUUUUUAAUGCUGAUGUCCCAAUGCAUUUAAAUUAGAUUUACUGGUAAGUAUACAAUACACAGAAGCAAAAUACAUAAACAUAGUAAAGAUAUGAAUUCAGGAGAAGGAAAAGUAGUAUGUGUAACAGGUGCAUCAGGCUUCAUAGCUUCAUCCCUCAUUCACCUUCUCCUUCAAAAUGGCUACACUGUCCGGGCCACGGUUCGGGACCCGGCCCGGGUCGACUAUCUCAAGGCAUUCCCGGGUGCCGAGCAACGCCUCUCGCUAUUCCAAGCCGACCUCAUCGAACAAGGCUCCUUCGAUGAGGCUGUCCGAGGAUGCCACGGUGUCUUCCACACGGCAUCCCCUGUCCUAUUCGGAGAUAUUAAGGAUCCUCAGGCCGAGCUUAUCCGGCCUGCAGUCGAUGGGACCUUGAAUGUCCUUAGCUCGUGCCUCAAAUCCCCGUCUAUCAAAAGAGUCAUCUUGACGUCUUCAUUGGCUGCUGUUUUGGUGAAUGAUGAGGUUAUUGGGAGCGAAGGUGUUGUUGUCGAUGAAACUUGCUAUUCGGAUCUCGCCUUUUGUGAGAAAAUUAAGGCAUGGUAUUGUGUAUCGAAGACAUUAGCCGAAAAAGCGGCAUGGGACUUUGCAAAGAGCAACGGGAUCGACUUAGUGGUGAUAAAUCCCGGGCUGGUCAUCGGUCGAUGUUUACAGCCGACUCUCAAUUACACUUUCAAUUAUUUUAUUUCGCUUAUCACGCAGGGAAAUUCCACGACGGGGGCUUUUGGAUUCAUAAAUCCGGUCGAUGUUAAAGAUGCGGUGCGUGCGCAUGUCCUAGCAUUCGAGAAUCCUUCGGCAAAAGGGCGAUAUUGUUUGGCUGCAACUACAAUGUACCAUUGGGAAGUUGUAAAGAUUUUGCGCGGGCUUUACCCGACCCUCUGCCUUCCGGAAUCUGAUGAAGAAGAGAUUAAGGGAGGAAAGGUAAUAAAAGUGUCGAAGGAGAAGGCAAAAUCCUUGGGCAUCAUUUCUUACAUUCCUAUUCAUCAAACUCUUCAAGACACCAUUCAAAUGCUUAAGGAAAAAAACUUGCUUGUUUUGUAACUCCAACAUAUCUACCCCUCAUUCUCAUUUACAUAUGUUAUAAUAAUAAGAGGCGUAGCUAUAUUUGCAUUUAGCUCUAACUGGUUUUUUUUUUUUUUUUUUUUUUAGAAUUUAUUUUGGAUAAAUAUCUUAUGAAAGUUAAGAAUCUGUACAUUAGCGCUGGAUAAAGCAAAUCA